UGUGAUUGUUAGAGAAAGGAGCGAGGUCAGUCUACUGUGACUGUGACAGACUGAUGAUCUUUAAAAUAUCACAUCAGCACAGCCUGUAUGUAAAGUAGAUGGGGUUGUUGUGAGUGUGUAUGAGUGUGUGUGUGUGUGUGUGUUGUGUGUUUAAUUUCAGAAGAGACUAUAGAAGGCUACACACACCUAAACUCAUGGGCCUGAAACAUUCCCACCCCCAGUUGUUCCCGGGGGACAUCGUGGAGUACCCCAGGAACAAAUACUUCUCUCAUUUCGCGGUGUACUACGGAGAAAGAGACGGAGUUCCCUACGUUGCUCACCUGACGUGUCGAGAUUCAGACUCCAAGCUGCCGCUGUUUGGCCGAGCCCUGAGGUCAGAGGUCAAACUGGAUCCCCUGGAGCUGCUGGGGAAGAAAUACAAGGUCAACAACAUGUUGGACGACUCGUUCUCGGCCCGAGACUUCCACAGCGUGGUGAAGCCGGCCAUCGAGGACCUGAUGGGGCGCGAGGUCACCUUCGACAUCCUGUUUCAUAACAGCGAGCACCAGGCGACGCUGCUCAGAUACGGAGUCAAGAAGUCUGAACAGAUAGAGAGGAUUUAUGAGCACAUCAUGCCCGCCUGGAAGAAACUGUUUGCUGAGAAGAAACUGUAAAAACGGCGUCACGUGCAGUUCUCAACCUGACCACCGGGGGGCGACGUUGUUCCCUGAGUUCAAGAAGAAGGUCACGUGGAAAUAAGAGAGAUUUUAAAUGAGAUAUCACGAUUUAAGUUGUAAUAUUUAGAGA